GGCGCUUUCCUAGCGAAAACAGUCGGCAGCAUCUUUAGAAAAUCAUUCGUCCAUGUCAUCCGAUGACUCGGCUUGGAACCUCCCACUAGGGAUACGGACUAUUUAUACCGCGUGCAGCAUCCCGAGCCCUGAUACGCGAAUCCAAAAAAAACAAAAACAACGCUUCUGAAGAUCGUUCGCUUGGAGUGCCAGCUCUAAUUCUGGCUACCACUAUGCCUCUGCUGGAAGAAAGUUCCGUGCCGAGGGACUGUACUCGAACUGUGCCAGUAGUCAUCAUUGGUAAUGGCCCUUCCGGCAUAUGCUUGUCAUACCUUCUGAAUGGGUAUACUCCUUAUUUAGAUCCCAUGGCUGUGCACCCAAGCCCCAUCCUCUUUCAUAAACUACAGGAAGCCAAGCAUCUUCCCAUCACUGAACAGGAUUUGGAGUAUCUUUGCGAAGGGUUAGAGGGGCGUUCAGGAAACCCUGUGGCAGUGCUCUUAGACACACUUCUCCAUCCAAAUGCAGAUUUGGGCUUUGAGUUCCCCUCUGUACUGCAGUGGAGGCUGGAGAAGAAACAUCACAUUCCUCAUCUGGUCUUGGGCAAAGCUACACCUGGCGGUGCAUGGCACGCAAUGGAAGGUUCGAUGCUGACCAUUAGUCUUGGUAUAUGGAUGGAGUUACCAGGAGUCAACUACAGAGAUUUGACUCCGGGCAAACGGAAGGUGGUGUCCAAUGAUCGAGCCACUCCAGAUGAGAUCUCCUCCUACUACAAAAAUUAUGUCAAGCUCAUGGGUCUCCAGAAGAACUUUGUGGACAAUACCUAUGUCACCUCUGUUCAAAAACUUCACCGCAGUCAGGAAAACAGUAUUGGGAAUGAAAAGGACACUGUAAAUGGUCAAUUGAAUGGUGUGAAAAAUGGGUUUGAUUAUUGCAAUAAGAACAGCACAGAGAACAGUCAGAAUGGAGUGGUAAAUGGGUUUAGUAAUGAGUUACAAACUGGAAUGGAGAAUAGCAUUAGAAGGGGAGAGAUUGGGGAGGAAGAUGAAGAUAAAAGAGGCAAAGAAGGAAUGAAAGAGACUACUGCGGUGUCCCAAGGGCUUUCACAGGGACUCUGGGAGGUCAGGGGCUACCAACAGUUCCAAGGUGACACUCAUGUCCCUUUUAGCUUAUUUGCAGAGAAUGUUGUCUUAGCAACUGGGGCAUCUGACUCUCCAGCACGAUUGGGAGUAGAGGGGGAGGAUCUCCCUUAUGUGUUUCACAGUGUGCGUGACCUUGGGGUGGCUGUCAGCUGUCACGGCAAACUGGGCUCUUCCUCUGACCCUGUGCUGGUAGUGGGGGCGGGGCUUAGCGCAGCUGACGCAGUGCUGUGUGCCCUGAACCAUAGAGUCUCUGUGUUGCAUGCAUUCCGAAAGCACACUGAUGACCCAGGUCUCAUCUUUAAACAGUUGCCAAAGACGCUUUACCCUGAAUAUCACAGGGUCUACCACAUGAUGUGUUCCCAAAUUUACCCAGCAUCCCCUGUUGCAAAUCCAACAGCUCCUAGUCCAUCUUUGUUUCCCGACUACACCAGCUUCCCUGAGCACUGUGUGCUCUCCUUCCAGCCCGACAUGCACUGUGUGAUGAAGGGAUACAAUGGUGUCCUUAGAGUCUUCAAAGUCUCAAUGGUGCUAGUUCUGAUCGGGACCUAUCCCAACUUGUUUUUCUUGAAGGACCAAGGGCAGUACCUUGGCUUGGAUCCCAGUAGGCCAAUCUCCUGCAGACAGAAUCCUGUCGACAUAAACCCUUACACCUUUGAGUGCAAUGCUGAGCCUGGGCUCUUUGCCAUGGGACCCCUAGUUGGUGACAACUUUGUACGCUUCUUGAAGGGGGGCGCUCUUGGCAUUGCUAGCUGUUUGCUCAAGAGACUGAAACAGAGGAUGAAGAAAAACAGGAAAUUGAUCGCCGAUGAAGGAGGGUGUGGAGGACGGGGAAGAGAAGGAAGUGGGGGUGGAGGAAGAGGAUUUGUCUAA